GCUUUCUUAGCACGAAUUUAAUAAAUGAGCGGGUUCAUGCGGGUUUGCGGAUUACGGGUUUAAAUGCCAGGCCUACUCCAGAGUCCAAAAGCUCAUUGCUCCCCAAUCCGACCCUCUCCUCGCCAAAGAGAUCUUCGACUUCGCCGCCCGCCACCCCCAUUUCCGUCACUCCUACUCCUCAUACUUCACCCUCAUCCUCAAGCUCGCCCACUCCCACUACUUCUCUCUCGUCGACCACCUCCUCCUCCGCCUCAAGGCCCAAACCUACUGUGCAGGAAGGGGCAGGUGAACACUGCUGUAGAUUUUCUGGAGGAUAUGAUCAACAAAUGGUUUGUUCCGGAUUCGUUGAGUUAUACUAGCUUGUUGAAUAGCUUGUGUAGGAAGAAACAGCUGCGUGAGGCGUAUAAGCUUCUUCGUAGGAUGAAGGUGAGGGGGUGUAACCCUGACAUUGUGCAUUACAAUACUAUAAUAUUGGGGUUUUGUAGAGAAGGGAGGACAGUGGAUGCUUGUAAGGUUCUUGAGGAUAUGGCAUCCAAUGGGUGCUUGCCAAAUUUGGUGUCGUAUAGGACUUUGGUUAGUGGGUUGUCUGAUCAGGGGAUGCUUGAUGAGGCGAAGAACUAUAUGGAGACAAUGAUAUCAAAGGGGUUUUCUCCACAUUUUUCGGUAAUCCAUGCUUUGGUUAAGGGGUUCUGCAAUGUGGGUAGGGUCGAGGAAGCUGGUGGAGUUAUGGAGGAGAUACCAAGUCAUGGGGAGGUUCCGCACAGGGAGACUUGGUUGACAAUAGUUCCGGGUAUAUGCGAAGAGGUUGAGCUGGUGAGAAUGGAAGAAGUUCCGAAGGAAAUAAUGAAGGUAGAGAUCAAGCCUAGCACCAGAAUAGUGGAGGCAGCUUUUGGAUUGGAGAACUACUUGAUCAAAAAAAUGCAUGCUAGUAAAUCAAGGAGAGGUUGAAUGUUUCUUGGUAUGUGGUUCACUGGAUAAUUU